AUGGCUGAGGCAGAGCCCCAGAAUCACAACCAUGCCUCGUUGACUCCAUCUCCUGCACAAAGUCGGUCACCGUCGCCUCAUGGUGAGGACGAGGCUGCACAGUCAGAAAAUGGAGAUAUCGUAACCCUUACCGACCACGUAGCCGACGCACCCCCAGCAGCAGAGCCAGAACACGAAGCACCAGCACCAGUCGACGCCUCCCCGAAAUCUGCAGUAAAAACAGCCUCAAAGCCUAGUACACCAGCCAAGAAGCCCGUUUUAGCCUCCAAACCGACGACAGGAAAGAACGCAAGUGCACCGCCAACACCAACCGUGAAGAAGGUGAGGCAACGGAUGCCCGUGCUGCUUGACUACGUGAUUAAUUCGGGCACUUUUGGAGCGGGUGCUACAAAGCCCGUGGCAUCUAAACCUACCUCAUCUACCACGAAACCACCAUCUGCUGCUGCUACAGCUCUCAAGAAAUCCGUCAGUGUAUCUUCUGGAAUGGCUAGCAAACCAACAGCGACGAAACCAGUGGCUGCGCCCGCACGACGGGCGUCCAUUGCACCGACGAAACCCUCGACAACUGGUGCGCCCACUACACGGGCACCGCUGUCUUCCUCGACUUCUGCUCGACCAUCGGCAAUAAGUGGUUCAAGCGCGACACGUUCUUCAGUCAUUUCUCCGACAGGUUCAACGGCCUCUGCUAGCUCAGCUGCUCGACCUCGGGCAGCAGUCACCGAAGGUGCGAGGAGGACAGCCCCCAUAUCAAGGCAAAGCUUGGGCCCCGGAUCACGACCAUCCUUAUCCUCGUCGACAACCAAGCCUGCUCCGGGACCUGCCUCUAGGCCAACAAGGACUACAACUUCAAUUUCUUCGAUUAGAGAAGUUGAACCCGAUAACGGAGCCUUAGAAGCACUCCGAACCCAGCUGAAAGAGGCUGAAGCAUCAUUGGCGUCGAGAACGGAAGCCGUCACCGAACUUGAAAGGAAGAUAUCUAAACUGCAGACACAACUAGAGGAGACUCAGGCAGAAGCAGAGGCGAAACGAGUAGCUGCUGAGGAACUAGACCAAGCGAAAGCUACUGCAGAAGCGAGGUUGGCUGAGGAAGCCAAGGCUCUUGAGGCACUUAAGGCAUCUCAAGAGAACGUCGGCAGCACCUUGACUUCAGUUCGUGAUGAGCUUGAAGCAGCGAGGGCAUCCAGCGCUACGCAAUCUGAACUUGUCCAGAGCCUUCAAGCCCAAUUACAGACACUAGAGGCGGAGCUCAAGAGCGCGAAGGAGAGCUUUGACGCUCUCAAGGCUAUUCAUGAUUCCUCAUCAUCCGAUGCUGCAACUGCGGCCGCCGUUGAACACGAAGCACUCCUGAAAGCUCAAGCGACGCUCACUGCAAUCGAAGAGGAGCGUGUGGCCCUUAGUGCCGCUCAUGCCAAAGCUCUUGCGGACGCAGAUGCGAAAAUCAGCGACUUGGAAGCCAAGGCCGCGCGCGUAGAGGAUCUAGAGAAGGAGCUGGCCGAACUGAAAGCGGAGAAGGAGGAGACCGCGACUAAAAUCUCUGAACUCGAGAUUGAGAUCCUGGAGCUCAAAGAAAGCGUUGAAACCGGAGAGGAUGCUCACGCUCAGUUUGGGGUCCGUAUCAAGGCGCUUCAGGAGGAGGCCUCUAAGGCUGCUGCCGAGAGCGAGAAGGCGCUGGAUGAUGCCCUGGCCAAUGCGCAACAACAAGCUCGUGCUAGCGAAGAUGCGCAGAAGGCCCACGACGACGCGCUCAAGGCCAUGGCUGAUGUACAAACACAGCUGACGGAAAAGAUUGUCGCUUUGCAGGCUGAGCUUGCUUCUGCUCAAGCUGCCCUUGAACAAGCCAAAGCGGACGCUUUGUCGGUUCAAGAGGGUCAUGCCAGCAUGUUGAGUCAGCUAGAGGAGAGCCACUCCGCGAAGCAGACUGAACUCACAAAUGAGAUCCAGCGUAUCACUGCUGACUUAGAGAGUCAAGAGGCGAAGUACAACGCCAAAGUCGAUGCCGUAAAGGCAGAGCACGACAAAUUGCUACAGGAAGCAUUCGAACGUGCCAAGUCCGAAGCUGGCGAAGCCCACGGCCAAGACUUGCAGGCUCUCCGCGCGGAAUCUCAGGUCACGCUCGAGCAACUUCGCGCUCAAAACCAGAGAACUAUGGACGAUCUUAAGGCCGAGCAUGCUAGCUCACUUCAGGAGCAGGUCUCAUCGCUGGAGAAGAAGAUCAGUAACCAAGCAUUGGAGCUCAAAGCUACGCAAGACGAUCUGGCCAAGGCUAAAGCGGCGUUGGAGGCUUCCCGCAUCGAAGUCGCGAAGCUGACUUCUCAGCGUGACGAGGCUACUUCCGCGAUUGCUGCUGCUUCGGCAGAUUCUCCGAUACAGGCCGAAGAAAUAGCGCGUCUGACGAAGGAGCUCUCGCACACCAAGGAUGAUCUCGCUGCUAUGACGGAGAUGCUUAGCCUGACCAAGGCUUCCCUCACUGAAGUGUCCAACAACCAAACGAAGGAGCUGGAGGCUGCGGCUCAGGCCCGCGCCGACGAGGUUACGAAAAUACGUGCCGUUCACGCGGAGGAAGUGGCACAGCUUGUCACCCAAAAGUCUGAGUUAUCCAUGAGACUAUCAGACCUUGAGGGCGAGAUGGCCACGCUGAAGGCUACCGCCGCAGCCGAACAGCCUGCGCCGAAGGUGAAUGGGAACGGCGCUCCACAUGCCCCACCCUCGAAUGUUUCGAAGGAGGACUUGCAACGUCUACACGAGGCGCAUAAUCUCAAAAUACAUGACCUGCAGGCCUCCUACGAUAAGGCACUCGAGGGUCUGAAGUUCGAGCUCGAGGCUACACGGGCUCAGGCUGAUGAACUCAAGGCUGAGCUCGAACACAAGGGGAUGGAAAUGCGCUUUUACGAAAACAACCAGGAGGAGAACGAAGAUCUCAUUACUCGAUUACAGGCAGAACUGGACGAACUCAAACUCAAGACGAAGUCGGAAUCAACUUAA